UCCCACGUCAAUUUGCAGUAAAACACAUUUUAUUAACAACCAAUCCAAAUGAUCCAUGGUUGAAAUCUCGUGUUUCUUUAAAUAUCGCGAGAGUUCAUUACGGCCUUUCUCCCCGAGCUGCUAGCAACGAUAGUGUACACAUUCAGAACAUUUCAUGAUGAGUUAUGCUGAAAAACCAGAGGACAUAACACGAGAGGAGUGGAUGGAAAAGCUCAAUAAUGUUCACAUUCAGCGUGCAGACAUGAAUCGACUCAUUAUGAAUUAUCUGGUGACUGAGGGGUUUAAAGAGGCCGCUGAGAAGUUCAGGAUGGAAUCGGGUAUUGAGCCAAGUGUCGAUUUGGACUCUUUGGAUGAAAGGAUAAAAAUUCGAGAGAUGGUCUUGAAAGGACAGAUUCAAGAAGCCAUUGCACUGAUCAACAGUCUUCACCCCGAGCUGCUGGACACUAACCGUUACCUGUACUUCCAUCUCCAGCAACAACACCUGAUCGAGUUGAUUCGCCUGCGGGAAACCGAGGCUGCAUUGGAGUUUGCGCAGACGCAGUUAGCUGAACAGGGAGAGGAAAGUCGAGAGUGUCUGACGGAGAUGGAGCGGACCCUGGCGCUCCUGGCAUUUGACAACCCAGAGGAGUCGCCCUUCGGGGACCUGCUUAACAUGAUGCAGAGACAGAAGGUGUGGAGCGAGGUAAACCAGGCAGUGCUAGAUUACGAAAACAGGGAGUCGACACCAAAACUCGCCAAACUACUCAAACUGCUGCUGUGGGCUCAGAACGAGUUGGACCAGAAGAAAGUAAAGUACCCUAAAAUGACAGAUCUCAGCAAAGGCACCAUCGAGGACCCCAAGUGAACAUGAAACUGCAUCUCUAUGCUUGCAUUCUGUGGGGAACAAAAUGGACGCUUUCCCUUUCCUUAACUAUUUAUACUCAGUGACUGACACUCAGACAUCCUUUUAUCCUCCUUUUGUUUCGUUUACUUGUUGCUUAUCAUAGGCUGUGGAAAUGAGGUUGUUGAAAUUUAAGAACGACUUCUAGCCAAAAUGGAAACACUUUUUACAAACGCAGAGAUUGUUUUUUACAGCAAUGUCUGAAAAGGAGAGCAGAAUUAAUUGUAUUUCAGUCAAUUUUGUUUUGCAGAGAAUUAUUAUUAACCCUCUAUUUUGUCCGCCGUUGUUCAGAAAGUAUAUAAAUAGAGAACCACACUUACAUUUACAUGCUAUUUUAUUGGAGAUUUGUGUCCGCUGGUGCGAGGUACCAAAUGCAAAAUAUUGGUGUCAUCAUCACCACUGGAUUGAUUGUAUUAAGGUUACGAGUGAGCUCUGUGUGCUAUCAUAUUUUAAUUUGCAGUGCACAGUUAUACAUUAUUUGUAUGUGCGUGAAAGGGCCUGUUGAAGAACAUCUGGCCUUUUUAAGUACUAAUGUUAUUGCAUUAUAAUGUUAUAAAGUCAUGUGACAUUGUUUUCUACUGUA